AUUAACUAAUUAGUUGUCUAAUUACAGAAAUGGAUAUACAAGUUGAUGAGUUAUUAGACAAAUUGUCAUUAGUUGACAAUAGAGAAAAUGAAAAUAAAAUACAAAAAGCAAUUAAACAAUACUUAAUUGACAUUAAUAAUAAAAUGUCAUUAUUAAUAAAUGAAUCUUUAAAGACAAUGAAAGAUGCCAAGAUAUCAGAAGAAAAAGUUAAUGAAGCUGAUCAGAAUUUUAUCACGGUUGCAAUAUCUUCAGUGAUUGAAAUAUACACUCAAGCAAUUGCAUAUGCGCCUAAUGAUUCACGUCAACUGGCAAUUGCCUACGGAAGCCGAUCCGCAGCGUUAUCUUAUGCUAAAUUAUACCAAGACUCAUUAAACGACAUUGAACGUGCAUUAAAACUCGAUUUUCCCAAUAAUUUACGUGCUAGAUUGUACGUACGUAAAGUUAAAAAUUUAUUGGCACUUGACCCGCGAAUCCGGCCCGAUGUAAAAGAUGCACUAGCUCAAACAAAUUACUGGUUAACACAAAUGGAUGAUACUAACAAAAAAAUAGUUCAAAGUAUUUUAAAUAAACUCAAUCAACGUAAUUCUUGUGAUAUUUCUUACAAAAAAUGGGAUUCAAGUAUUUUUUUGCCCCAACCACCCAUAGAUAAUCCUAAAAUAUUACGCACCUCGAGUGCUGUGAGCCUAGAGUAUUCUGAAACUUACGGCAGACAUAUUAUAGCGACCAGAGAUAUAAAAGCUUGCGAAACCUUGUUGGUUCACAAAAGUUACGCUUCUAUUUUACACAUUGAAAAUGUCUACAAGUAUUGUUGGUAUUGUUCAAAACGUACUUGGUCAAGUGUACCAUGUACUCAGUGUUUCAAUGUUAUUUUUUGCGAUCAACAUUGCCGAGAUGCUGCUUGGAACGAUUAUCAUGACUUGGAAUGUCCAGUUAUCAAUGCAAUGUCUGAUGAUAAAUUUAAUUCCGUAUUUAUUAUGGGUCUUAGAUUGACUAUUAAAGGAUACAAAGAAGCUGGAUCUUUGGAGAAUUUAAAAAAAAAUAUUGAAUAUAUUGAUUCAAUAUCUGAUCCAAUAACUAGAGGUUUUACUGGAGAUGUUUUUGAUGAUUCAAAGUAUGCAAGCGUUUACACCUUGAAUAUCAAUACGACAAAUAAUUCGUCAACGCAGUCUUUAAUAAAAAAAUCUACUGAGAUUUUGUCGUUUUUAAUUAAAAAAACUGAAAUGUUUGACGGUAAAAUUGAUGAUGAAAAUUUUACCGAUAAUAAGUGGGUUGCUUUUAUGGGAGAGUUAAUUUUUAAACACGUUGAAAUAAGUAGAUCUAAUGCUAUACAACUCAGAGUUAAACGUAAUUCAGAUGCGUUCAUUCCAUAUUGUGAUGUUUUGAUGCCUUUCUUCAGCCUAUUUAAUCACAGUUGUGAUCCGAAUGCCCAUAAAUUUUCAUCAGGAAAUACAAAUGUUGUUUUCUCAUCUCGCGUGAUAAAAAAAGGCGAGGAAAUAACCAUUAGUUACGGCCCCCGAUUUCAAAAUUUAUCAACCGCAGAACGACAGCAGCACUUACAGGUUCACAAUUUUUCUUGCGCGUGUAUCGCUUGCUCCAAUAACUGGGGACCAGAUUUUCGUUUGCCAUCUUUCCAGGCACAAUCAUUGCCGGUUGAAAUUGAAAACAAGCUAAUGACUUCUUCCAGGUAUUUGUCAUUCAUACGCAGUAAGUGGGACAAUACAGAUAAAACAAGCCAAUACAUUAAUGAAAUAAUUUAUUGCUUAUCACAAAUAUUGAAUAUUUAUGGUGAACAUGUUGAAUAUCCUUGUAUUGAAAUAGAGGCUUGUAAAGACUUUUUGGAGUUUGUUUAUGGAUCCAUCAGUGAUCAUUAAACAGUAAACAAAUUUAUUAUUAUUAUAAGUUUUUUUGAACUGUUGUUUUAUAACUUUUUUUGUGUGUUUUGAUAUUUAAUUAAGAUUU